AUGGAAAGUUCCCAAGUGGAUUGCCACAUCUUGUCGAUUCCAUAUCGAGGAAGAGGCCACAUCAACCCAUUGAUGAAUCUGUGCAAGCUCAUAGCCACACAAAAUAUUCUACUACGAGGGUCUGUUAUUGUAACAGAGGAGUGGUUCAGCUUUUUGAAAUCAGAGCCAAAGCCAGAUAAUAUACAGUUUCGAACAAUUCCAAAUGUAAUUCCAUCAGAUAAGUGCAAGGGCAAAGAUCUGAGGGGUUUCAUGGAAGCUGUAAAUACUAAAAUGGAAGCUCCCGUUGAGAGUAUACAUGACGGGCUUCCAAAGCCCAAUGUGAUUUUAGCGGAUUCGUUCUUGCCGUGUGCCGUCAGUAUUGGGGAGCGGAGGAAUAUUCCGGUGGCUUCAUUUUGGACUGAGUGUGAGUUUGAUACGAAGGAAAAUGUAGAAAAUGUUUUCUUGGAAAACAAGUAAUAUUUUUUACGAAAAUAGUUUGUGAUAUAAAAAUCAACUUUAUUAAUUGACUUGGGAUCUGACCCCUAACUGAAUUUCCAGUCUCCAUUUUCACAGUUGGUCCAACAAUCCCUUAUUUGGAUACCGAAUUCAAUACUAGCCAGCCUACUCCAAACUACUUGUCAUGGCUUGAUGAUCAACCUAAAGACUCUGUUCUAUACAUAUCCCAAGGAGGUUUCAUGUCAGUAUCAAAAGAACAGUUAGAUGAAAUUAUAGCUGGCAUGCACAGCAGCGGUGUCAGGACAUUUUGGGUGGUGCGUAAGAAUGCAUCCUUACUUACAGACGGAGUUGGGAAUAGGGGAAUUGUGGUGCCUUGGUACGACCAAUUGAAAGUUUUGUGAUUUUGGUCGCAUUGUGGAUGGAAUUAGACCAAGGAAGGUGCAUUUGCCGGCGUUCCAUUUCUUACGUUCCCUAUUGCCGCUGAUCAAUUUACCAAAAGCAAACAAAUAGUGGAGGACUGGAAGAUUGGGUGGAGAGUAAACAAGGAACAGGAGAAGCUGGUUAUGAGAGAUGAAAUUGCUCUAUUCAUAAAGAGUUUUAUGGACCUCGACAGCUACCAAGGAAAAUAAAUGAGUAGAAGAGCAAUGGAAAUAAGCAAUUGAAGGCGGAGCCAUCCAAGGAAAUAUUGACAAGUUCAUUCGGGAUACUAAUUUCCCCUGAAGUGCUCAUUUUUGGAACAUACCCACAGUGCGUAAAAAUAAUUUGAAGUCUAUAUUUGAGGCUUGACAAACUGUCCAAAUAAGGUACCCGUGACCAGCAAUACCUAGUCACUGUAAUCAGUUGCUUAUUGCUGGAAGCCUACUUGAACACUUGUGAGCACUAGGAAACAGUUCCUAUUCGUUUUCUUCUUAUUUUGGGAUUGUUUUGUUUCUUGUGCUGGUUUGAUUUGCUAAGUGCUUAUAUCACAGUCACCUUAUAAUCACUCUAUCCUCAUUUACUGAGAAGUCUCAUUAAAGUGGCUUGGUGUCGUUCUCA